UAUACAUUCAUAUAUAUGUAUACAUAUAUGUAUAUUAAGAUAUCUAUAUGCGGUCGCUGGUAUUGUGCGAUCUAUAUAUGUACAACAGGAAAAAGUGAUUAUGUUUUAAUUGACAUUUAUUUUAUCUACGACUUUCACAUUUUAUAUGUAUACAAUUGACUAAUUGGAUGUGAGUGCGACAUGCGCACACGAGGAAAUACAACUCAAAAUCGAUUGCGCAACUUCUCAUGCUACCUAGAGCCUCAUCUCUCUCUAGUAUUUUCGUAAGACUAUAUCGAAAAUUAAAUAACUGCAUUAUAUCUAAGUACCACCUAUUGAUCCGUCGAAACUUUAAGAACAAAACUAAUAAAAUAAUUUAAUUUAAAUAAAAUAAUUUUUAAUCCUGGAUAAAAAUGUAUCAACUAAAAGGUGCCAAGUGUUUUCUUCAAAAAAAAAAGUGACAAGUGUUUACAGAAAUUCCAGUGAGGUUUUUUUAUAAAUAAAUUAUCAUUUACCAUUAUUUUCUUAUUAUAUAUUAUUCUGGUUUUUAAAUGCAAGAUUUUUUUUGAGAGAACAUUUCAAUGAAAGUGUUUUAAGUAAUUAAAAUAGAAAAAAAAUCAAUAUGACCUGUACAUGAAAUGUGUGCUUGAUAAAAUGGUUUAGAUUUUUUUUAACAUUAAUUUUAACUAAAUAUUUUUUUUAUAAAUACUCACUUAAAGAUUUUGAGUGAUGUGGAUGUUAUUGUCGUUAGAUUUUCACAUUAAACAUGUGGAAGAAGACCUCGAUAUCGAUAUGUAUAUAUAGUUCUUUACACAUCAAGACCGUAAACUGUAUAACUAACUUGAGAGAACAAGCAUAAUUAACAGAUGUAAUUUUGUUUUGAAGAUUCAAACAUAUGAUGGGACCAACUUUAUUUGAACAUUGAAUAACUAUACACGAGUAGAAAAUCAUUAAGUUUAUUUUUGUUGAAAAAAAAACUUAAACUAAUCAGAAACGAACAUGGUGAGUACCUUCCAUAAAUCAGUAGUAGUAUAUAAACCCAAAGUUCGGUCCAAUUAUGUCGACCAAAACAAUUCACCAAAAAAGAAUCUUAUCAUUGUCUCGAUAUAUAUUAUAUGCAAAUAUCUCGACAACCUUACGAAACAAAACCUUGGCAGAAUCGUAUCUGUCCAGCGGAAACUAUGGUGAAAAUUCAUCCCGACCAUACGACCUCCGGGGCCGGAAACAUAACAAGUUCGCCGUACUUGACAACGGAGAAAGAGAGUUUCACGAUUUGGAUGAAGUCGUUGGUGUUUAAUACAAAUGGCUGCACCGUCUUCGAUUCUAAAGGAAACAUAAUUUAUCGUGUCGAUAAUUAUAACUCUAAGAGCUGCCGUGAAGUUUACCUCAUGGAUUUACAUGGUCAUGUCUUGUUUACCUUACGUAGCCAGAAAUUUGGAUUAUUCAAGACUUGGGAAGGAUAUAGAUCACCAUCGGGGACAUCUGAUUCAACAACAAACUCAGAAUAUUUUCGAGUGAAAAGUAAUAUUUUUCAGGUUCCGAGUAAAGAUUCAUAUUCUUCUUAUAGAGUUCUAACGGGAUCGUGUAGAAAGAAUGAACAAUAUCAUUAUAAGAUGGUAACUCGGGGAUCAAGUUUAGGAAUCGAGGACAUUUGUGGAAGAGUUGUGGCAGAAGUGAAGAGAAAACAAUCGAGGAAAGGUUUGGAGUUUGGAGACGAUGUUUUGACGAUGGUGGUGGAGUCACAAGUUGAUCACUCUUUCAUCAUUGGACUUGUUUUAACUCAUAGGCUUAUCAAUCGUAAACUGUAAUAAAGGUGGUGAAAAUUUUGAUUAAAUAGUUGAUAACUAAUUGCUGAGUUUUUUUUAACUUCCACAUAUUUUAUAUCUAUGUUGCUAAUGAAAGUACAACUGAUGUAUGUUACUUGUUAGAUUGAAGGUUCGGUAAAGUGAGUGUAAGCUCUUUUUUUUUUUCAUUGAAAUGUUUGAGAGUUUAAAGAUGAAGACAAUUAUAAUUAUUCGAGAUAUCGAUUUAAAAAAUAAUUAGGUUAUGGUAAUAUAUAUGCUAAAGAGGUUAAGGUGCCGACAAGAUUCCGUAAACUAGUAUAAAGCGAGUUGGAGUAUGAUUAGUUAAGUACCAGCAAAGUCCCAGUUACAGUAUAAAACUUUCUCAGUGAUAUUUAAGUCCCUUCCUAAUAGAAGAGCACCGUUAAUCUUCGUUGAACACUAAACGCAGCACCAUAUAUGGAAACACAUCUGUGUAGCUCAGUUCAGCUAUUGGUUGCACUAGCUGAACAAUUCUGGAAAUAUCUUGCAGAGUAGCACCAAUCUUUGCAAUUUCUGCAUUAGGAUAAUUAGGAUUAGGGUAUUGAGAGUUAUUCUUCCAUUCUAAAAAGAAGAAACAAGACGUAGAUGAGGCCAUGCUUUUGUGUAAAAUUACCUCCCAACACAAAUACACAAUGAGCAAGCCGUUUUUGAAAUGGUUAAAGAUGUUCUCUGGUUUAUAAUUUGUAGAAUUAACAUAUUUUCUAAUCAACAAGAAAAAAGGUAUAUAAAAUAAAGUAAUGUUGACAUAUAUAUGCAAUAAUGUAAAUAUAUACUAUAAUAUUUGUUCGUGAAUAAGAAAGUCAUUUUUAAGAAAGAGGAAAAGUUUCAUUCAGCU